ACAGAGGAUUUCCCUACCAUUAAAUGAUAGCUUUUGAGAAUGAGGGUAGAAGCCCAGACAGUGAGAGACACAACAUAUCUGAUGAUAAAGGCUGGACAAAAGGUGGCACAGCUCUCAUCUUGGCAGAUUUGCAAGAACAUUUGUCAGGUCUGAGAUGCCAUAGUGAAUAAUCAGGGUAAUGUUGGCCAUCAUUUUAAAUGUCUUGCUUUGCAUCUGCCCUGUGCAUUCGGUGUGGGCUUGUGUCCGUUCCUGUCCUGCCAGUUGUAUCUGCACUGAAGAGAAGAGUUGUGCCAUUCUUUGUGACAGAGCUGGCCUUGCACAGAUCCCUAAUGAGUUUCCUUGUGAAGCAUAUUCUAUUAACUUGGAUAAAAAUAACAUCAAAUUCCUUGCUGAGAGGGCAUUUGGUACUCUCCCGUCCCUAAAAUCUCUCUCAAUAAGCCAUAACAACAUAUCCUUUAUUACUCCUGGUGCUUUCAAAGGGCUUGCUAGCUUAACUGAUUUAAAAAUGGCCCACAAUGAAUACAUUCGUUAUCUGCAUACCAGGACUUUUAUUUCUCUCCAGAGGCUAAUCCGAUUGGAUUUAGCAGACUGCAAUCUUUUCAAUAUUCCAGACAGGAUUUUUAUAGAGCUUCCAGCUCUUCAAGAACUCUUUUUCUUUCAGAAUAACUUCCGAAGGAUCCCAGGAGCUAUAAGAGGGAUGGAGAAUUUGACCCAUGUUUAUUUGGAGAAAAACAAGAUUGAAGCUGUAGCAUAUAAUUCACUUCUGGGCCUGAUCCGGUUGAAAUAUCUCAAUCUGCAAAUCAACAGAAUAAAUGUCAUUCAUAAUAGAGCUUUUCAGGAUUGCCAGAAAUUGGAAUACCUUUAUUUAAAUGACAACUUAAUCAGUGACCUCCCUGAGAAUUCCUUUGAUGGUCUGCAGCAUCUAAAGAUGCUUAAUCUUGGUGGCAACUUUCUCAAGAUUGUCUUUAAUACUUGGUUCCAGGAUCAAUCUGAACUGGAAGUUUUGUAUUUGGACAGAAACUGGAUCAGUUAUAUUGAGGAAGGUGCUUUUGAAAACCUCACGAGCUUGGUAUAUUUGCACUUGAACAGUAACAAUCUAACUACGUUGCCUUUCUUAGUCUUUCAACCAGUCUACCUCCUAGGAAGACUCUACCUUUUCCGGAACCCCUGGGAGUGUGAUUGUAAGAUUGAGUGGCUAAAAGAGUGGAUGGAGAAUUAUGGACUUGUGAGAGAUAUUCCUUGCACUUCCCCAUCUUCAGUAGUUGGCCUUGACUUAAUUGAUGUUAUUUUUGAGAAGACAGAUGAAGGUAUAUGUCUUGACCCAGAAGAAUUAAACACCUCAUCUUCUACACCUCUUCCCAUGCAAGAAUUACAGUCGACUACAGAGAAUAAAUUCAACAGUCUUAUCUCAAAAUUUCUACUCCAGAAGGGACUUUCAGAGGAAGUGAUAAACACUACAGAAGGUUUCAGCAACAUUACUCUGUUAGAUAGCUUGAUUAAUGAAGCAUCUUUAGGACUAAGAGAAUGUCAUAUAAAACAAUAUUUUAAUAUUUGGGUAUUCUUUAUGUCUCAAGCAUUAUGGACCAUAUAACCCAAAAUUCUUUAAAAUUAAUUUGGUUGUUUUUCUACUCAAGCAUGGAUCAAAAAAAGAAGAUUGUGAUAUUAAUACUAUAUUUAGAACUAAAUAUAAAAAUAUCUUCUGGGCCCAUAUUUUAAAAUAGAUUCAUAUUCAUAAUUAAGAAAUUAAAAUGAGAGAAAAUUGAAAGGUAAUAAACCCAGUUGUCUUUAUUUACUAAGGGAGUUCUGCAAAAAACAUCACAGGUUUCACCACUAUUACUCAGAUAUAGAAACAGUACUAUAGUAUUUAGAAGUUCUGAACGGAAUGGAAGCCAAAAAAGAGUAACUUCCCUUACCGAGGUUUCAGGGACAUUUGGUACCUGU